AGAAUAGUUAACGCAGUUCACCACUUGACAGCGGCGCGAACAGUUGGAAGUUUUCGCGGUAAUUUUAGUAACUCGCUGAAAGUGUAGCGUGAAAACAACAGUGACAACUUAAUGAAAGCGGCGAAAAAUAUUAAUUAAUAAAUAACUAAGGAAUUGAAGCUGAAGUUAAUGAGUUUUGUUGCGCACAGUGAAACUGGUACUUGCUGCUACAGCUGUUUUCAAGUGUUCGGCGGUCAAAAUGACAACAACAGUAGUUAAAGGUCCUUGGUUUGGCAUACGCCAUCUGCAGGCAUUGUUGAUAUUCUUCAAUAUUGUGGUCGUCUAUUUUAGUCGAAUAAAUGUCUCCGUUGCGGUGGUGGCAAUGACCAAUGCUAAUACAACGAAUCCAAAUUUCCCGGAAUACGAUUGGAAUGAGAAGCACAAAUCAGUGAUCAUUUCGAGUUUUUAUUGGGGUUACAUCUUCACACAAUUCCCCGGCGGCUAUCUGAGCCGACGUUUCGGCGCAAAAAUCGUUAUGUUCGGCUCGACUAUUUGCUCAGCCAUUUGCUGUGUUUUGACGCCGCUAUUAAUCUCACUUGGCGGCUGGCAAGCUUACUGCGCGAUACGCAUAAUAAUGGGUCUCGCCCAGGGUGUGAUCUUCCCGGCGAUACAUCAACAUCUGGGCAAAUGGUCACCGCAAAAGGAACGCAAUUUUCUGGGCACCAUUAGUCACUGCGGCACAGAUUGUGGUAUUAUUUUGUCGAUGGGUGUAAGUGGUCUCAUAGCGAGCAGUUCGAUUGGCUGGCCUGGUAUAUCGUAUGUGUCGGGCGGUGCUUGCUUCGUUUGGUGUGUCAUUUGGUUAAUCUUCGGUUAUAAUAAUGCGCCGUCGGCACGCUUUAUAACGCCUGAAGAACGUGAGUACAUCGAAUCCGAUCUGUUGCGUGAGGAUAACUUUCAUAAAAAGAAUAUACCAGUGCCAUGGUUGGCGAUCUUCACCUCAGUGCCAUUCCUCAGUUUGCUGGUGGUGCGUUGCGCACAAGCUUGGGGCUAUACAACGCUGCAAGCAGAGAUACCGUCCUAUAUGGCGGGGGUAUUGAAUAUGAAUAUAAAGAGUAAUGCACUCUUCUCGGCGCUACCGUAUGUGGCAAUGUUUUGUUUAACAUUCGUGUAUCUCUUCUCGGCUGACUUCAUCAUUGCCAAACGCCUGCUCACGCUAACAGUACUGCGUAAAGUCUGUAACACGUUUGCAUUGUGGAUACCGGCUGGCAUUAUGAUCGGCAUUGGUUUUCUGGAUGAAGAACAAAAGACGCUGGCGAUCGUAUUAAUGAUUUUGAAUGUCGGUUUUAAUGCCGGUGCUACAAUUGGCAGCACUUUGAAUACGAUCGAUCUGUCCUCGAAUCAUGCCGGUGUACUGAUGGGAAUUGUCAAUACCAUUGCCAAUUUUGUGCCCAUCGUGACACCACUUUUGGUGGGUGUCAUUGUAACCGAUGAGCACGAUCGCACGCUUUGGCAAAUUGUUUUCAUUAUUGCUGCGGCUAUAUUCUUCUUUGGAAAUUUGGUUUAUAUUUUAUUUGGAUCUGCGCUAACACAACCUUGGGAUGCACCAAACUUCCUAACACGUGAAAAUGUUGAAGGUUCGAAUAAUGAUUGUUCUAAGUCUGAACUGAAUGGUAAACAGUUAUUGACUUCAACGGGAGAUGGUGAUAAAGUAAAUAGCAUUGUUACCCCAGAAGUAGUAACCGCGGAUAAAGUUACAAAUAACGGUGCUCUAAAUCAUGCGUUUGAGUUGAGCGAGAAACCGGAGAAUCGCUCAGUUGAAACACCACAGUCAGAUCUCACGUAUAAUGACAAAGGAACAGUACGAGAUGGCGAUAAUGCUGUGAAGCAUGACUAACGGUAAAUGAGUUAGUUGCAGGAAAAACAUAGUUUCAACUUUGUUUUGUUAAUAUUUUUGUUAUUUUUAUUUAGAACAUUUAGUUUAUAUAAUCAAACCAAGUCAAUUUAAAAUAUCAAUUAAUGAGUAGAUAAAGUACGUAUGUUAUGUAGUU